UUAAGUAAUGUCGGAAUUGUGCAAACACUAGAUACAAAUUUCGUCUAAUUGUCUGACCCCCCCCCCUCACUACCACCACCCCCUGACGUGUGUACCUGCAGUUCGUGGGUCCGUAGGGUGUACUGUGUGAUUUACUGGGAGCGAGCGAAUCGCUCGUCGCACGAAUUCGCAAUCAUUUCGGCUGUCAGUUUGGCUUUACGCUGAUGCGGGAAACGUAGUCGUUGGUGUCACUGUUUAUCGAAUAAAUGAUAUAAGAGAGCGAUCAAGUUCUGACUAUUUAAAUUUAUACACCGGACCGCGUUAGAAAUUAGACAAGUGUGUCGGAAGCGCGAGGAGAGACCUCCACGCGGAUUUCUAAAGUCCCCCGGCGCACUCGUCUCGUAUUAGUGCAUGAUUAUACGCUGCUAAGUUUGUACGUCGCGCUCUGCGAGCCGGGAUUUCGCCGACCGGCUUGGUUGCUUGUCGCGACGUUUUACUCGCAUCAAUACUUUUACUAUUGUUUUGCGUGCAGGUGUUUUCUUUAAAACAGCGAUUUUUUUUAUUAUAAUUAUAAUUAUAAUUAUUAUUAUUUAGUUGUCGUAACCAGGUGUUUCCUUUCAUCCACAAUAUAACGCGCGUGCACUUGGCGACAGGCGAUCGUAUUGUCCAUUGCCGGACGGACGAUAGACUUAAAUAGAACCUGUUAUUUAAACAUUGCGAUUUCAAUAUUGUAUUUCUGAUAUAUUGUGGCUGUAAGGGUAAGGCAAUGUGAUUUCACACAUUAUUUCUUAAAAUGAACUUAGCUAUAUACAAAAUGAACAAAAUGUGUUGUUAAAUUGCGAAGUGUCAUUCAGCGGUAUAGUUCGUUUAAGAUUAUAUGAAACUACAUAACUUGCACUGUUUGAUGGUGCUAGCAGUGUUUUGGCUUCUAAUCAUAGAUAAAUAAAAUCUAAUACGUCAUAAAAUAUGAUUACUUAAUUAGUACGUAAGAAGAAAAAAAAAAUAACGAUUUUGUCUUGCGAAUCAUGUAAAGCGCGUUAGUGCGAAGUCUCGAUGUAAUCGGUGCUUAAACAUGGCAAGUCGAUGGGGCGACUAAGGGAAUCUAGAGAAGACAAAUCGAAUUAGUAUGUAAUGCGGCGGCCCGCUCUGUUUACGCCGACCUUGUCUUACGCAUACGAACGUGUAUUGCUGUAAUUUAAUUACGAGUGAACGCGUCAAAUCUGGUAUUUAAAGGAGUUAGCUCUCGAAAAUUGAUCAUCGUUCACCUCUCUAGUAGAAGAUGACUAUGUGUAAUUAAUUAUUACUACCGCAAUAAUGAACAUUUUUAAUAACUUAUCUUGUGUACAUUUUAGCAUUAGCCCUUUAUAUAAUAAAGUCCACGUGAUAUGAUAAGGUAUAUAUAGGUAAUAUACUUCUUUCCUCGCGUCCGAUCGUGUAGAUCCGAGCGCGAGCGCGAUAAAGGGAUCUAAUAUCGCGAUACAACGGACACGUCUCGCGUUAUGUAGCUCUCGUAUUCCCCACUGUACAAGUGUCCUGUAACGAAAGACUCGCGUGAUAAUUGCUUCGGCGAAUUCCCCAGCGAAUAAUAUUGUAUCGACGUUUUCCGAUCUCCUUUGGAAAUGCCUCGAUUAUUUAUCCGUGCGAAUCUCUGUGAAUUCGAAAUUGAAUUUUAGCCACGUGGUUUAUGCGAGAGUGGCUCAAAAUCGCGACCCAUCUGAGCGGUCGCGUCUCUUCUUUCAACGAUGCUCCUGAAAAUUAUGUUAUUUGCGAUCUCUGAAAUUUUUUGCGCUCCAAUACGAUAGGACACGGAAAACGCUUGUUAAAACUGUAAUUGAAGUUAAAUUGGUUUCAAUAGAGGAAUGAACUCAAAAGUAGUACGCGGAAGAGAACGUUAUAUACGAGAUGACUGAACGACGAUCUGUUAAAGUCAAACAGAAAUGGGUCAUUCGCAAGCAUGGGUCACAGAUUAGAAAGAAACACACACACACACACACACACACACACAGAGAAAAAUGUGUGUCUCAAUAUAUGUCGUCUAUAAAAACAUGAUUUAUGAAAAUAUUGUUUUGAGAACCAAUUGGUAACAAGGCGGAAAAUGCAGAGCGAAGCUUCCGAAAGAGGACCGUGGAGACAAAUAAAACCAAAUCAUCAUCGAGAUACGAAGAAUAAUGUCGAGAAGUAACGCGCGUGUUGCCGGUGGAAAUUGGAUUAUCGCUUCGAAGAAUUAGUAAUUGCCCUGUCCGGUGUCGCGAUAGCGCGAAGGCCGCCCGGCCGAUCCUGAUACACAGAGAACUGUACGGCUACUCGCACUGUCCGAGUGCAGUGAAAGUGCGGCGCGUUUGUGUCCCUCUUCGCAAUCGUAACGCGCGCGGAGCGGAGGAGAGGACGAUCGGUUCCUGGACGCGCACUCCUCACGCAGGACGCGCCUCGGAAGCGACCCUGGCUGACGUCGUCGCCGCCAACGUCGCCAUCGCCGCCGCCGCCGCUGCCACCGCCACCACUGCCGUAACCGCAGCCGUUUCGCGAUCUGCGGCGGGAUCCACCGCCAGUGCUUUGCCCGGCGCGCUCGGUGCGGUCGAUCGGAAUCGCGACCUGAUACGCGGCGGAGAUUCGCUCACGCACAGUACACCGGUGCGCCGAUAGACCGCCGACCACGACGUCGAUGAGUCCCCGUUCCUCCGACUGCCGAUCGCUCCCCGAGUAUCCAGAUAAAAAGCCAACUAGGACAUCACGAAUCUCGGAGCACAUCUGGUUUUGCCCACUCUUGACGCUAGUCCGCAUGUUAGCGGUCUCACAUGUUCCCGAUUUACCUUGGCAAAGUUGACGACCAGAGAUUUCCACGAAGCAGGUGUCGUAUAAAAGGUUCACGCUGCUUCAAUGAUGAAACUACUUGCGGGUGUAGAGGAGGUUAGCGACCACUGUGAAAAAGAGCCCAAUAAUGGCCAAGUGCAUAACAAUAAUAGUCAUGAAAAGCAAUCUGCAACGGAAUUGGCGCAAGAAGCGAGUAAGCCGCUCGUCAACAAGGCAUGUGACGACUCCACGGCCAAGAGGAAAGUUACGCCGGAGGAGGAAGACAAGUUGAGACGAUUGCUCCUUUUCGACGAGGCGCCUGAAUACCUUCGGUUCAAUCCUUACAUACGCAGUGGUUAUCGCGGCUACCUGACCACCAAACUGUGCCUCGAGAGCAUAUUUUGGUGGACAAACGAGACCGUGAAUAUAUGGAGCCACAUUUUCGGCUGGAUGCUCUUCUUCGGUUUGACGCUGUACGACCUCUGUCUGCUGAAUAUCCAUGCGCCGUUCAGCGACAAAUUGAUCGUGUCCCUGCUACUCCUUUGCUUUCAGGUGUGUAUGAUCCUCUCUUCCGUAUACCACACGUUCUCGUGUCGAAGCGAGAAGGAUUAUUGGUGCUUCCUGUCCUUCGACCUGUUCGGCAUCGCUCUAAGUAUGCUGUCGAUCUACAUGUCGGGUGUUUACUACGCCUUCUGGUGUCAUAAGGAGCUGCAGCGAUUCUACCUGGUGACUGUGCUGGCGAUCUUCAUUUUUGCCAUGGUGCUGCAAAUACCCAAAUUGAACAUCAACGGCAACAUCAAACUGGCCGUAUUUGUCGGCUGGGCGAUAUAUGGAGUGCUGCCAACGCUGCAUUGGACCAUAGCGAUGGGUGGCUUUGACAAUCCGAUCGUCAGGAUGCUGAUUCCGAGGGUUAUAGGAAUGUAUAUUAUUAACGCAAUAGCGUUCGCGCUCUACCUGCUCAAAGUACCCGAACGUUUUUGCCCAGGCUGGGUGGACUAUAUCGGCUCGUCGCAUCAGUGGUGGCAUGCGUUGGUCGUGCUAGCCCUUUAUUAUUGGCAUAACACUGGGAUGCUUUAUGUGGAAUAUAGAAUGCAUCAUGGGUGUCCGAGCAGUAUGACAUUAUGACAUACGGAUCCCGACGGCCAACCAGAAUCCGUUCUCGCCAUGCAGUGCUCUUGCAUGAUGAAGGCGAACACUUGGUCGUCAUGGAUUAAUAAAGAACCGCCGUUUUACGGUAUCUUGAAGAACGAGUCCUGCGAGAUAGAAAAUCCAUUGCGAAUGUACGCGCACCGAUAAUCUCGGCAUGUUCGCCUUUAGGAAACAUGUGUCGCAAUUUUGGGAUGGGACGAUAAUCGCUGGAUGAAUAUAAUUCACGAUAUUUUUACGCGUUGCUCUAUUAAUAUUUGUUCAGCAUCACUAUUUAUAUACGUUUGUUUUGCAAGAAAGACUGGUUCCAUUCUAAACCGCACUUUUCCUUCCUCUCGAUUUUUAAUCUUAGCAGGACCAAA